AUGCCUGCUCGAAUAUCGCCAGAUGGAGUAGCAUCGGCUCUUCUUGCUGAGAAUGGGCUGCAGCUGCACUCCCUACAAACCAUCCAAUCACUCUGGGCCGGCUACGGCGAGAUAUGUCGCGUGUUAGCUAAUCCAAUAGGCUCGCAAGAUGCGCCGAAACCCUACAUACUGAAGCUCGUCAAUCCCCCACCGACCAAGGCCAAUGACGAAGGUCACUCUCGAAAAAUCUUGAGCUACCAAGUCGAACAAUACUUUUAUAGCCACCUCGCCCUACAGUUGCCAGCAACAUUACCGGUCGCGAAAUGCCUGGCUAGCAUCAACAAGCACAAUACUGAUGGGACCUCAAUGACUGCAAUGCUGUUGAGCGAUCUCCGGCAACAGUAUCCCGUGGCUGGAGAGAAGCGCAACGUGCUCACGACAAUCCAGGCUCAUGCAGCGCUGGACUGGUUGUCUGGGUUCCAUGGCUUCUGGUGGUCUCGCGUCAAGUCUCUGGACUCUUCUUCGCUCGUACUGCCCCCACUUGAGGAGGUGAAGCGCGACGGACAAGACGCGUCGAACAAGUCGGUCUGGCUGAACGGUGGAUAUACGUAUUUGGCGACGCGCCGGAAGGAGUAUGACAGCCUGGCGGCAGAUUACGACUCAGAAUGGAACGAACCACUAACUGAUUGGGUUGAUGGUGAAGAUGUCUCCAUAUCCGAAAUAGCAGCUGCGUUCCUCUCGCCGAAAGCUGUCGGUUGGACACCAAUCGAAGGUUAUCAAACUCUUAUACAUGGUGACGUGAAGUCUGAAAACAUGUUCACAAGCAGCUUCGGCGAAGAGGUCGCGUUCUACGACUUCCAAUAUGUUGGACUUGGCCUUGGAGUCUGCGAUCUAGCAAAGUUCUUCACCUGCUCCGUUCCACUGAACAUGCUCGUUGCCGAUCGGCAUAUCCCAUCGGAGCUAUCCAUGCAAGAAGGCGAAAGGCAGUUGUUGGAGCGAUAUUGGAAGAGACUGGUAGAGGUCGGCAAACAAGAGUACACCUGGUCCAUCUUCGUGCGACAUUGGGAGACUGCCCUCGUAGACUGGUUGCGCUUCCAGGCCAGCUGGGGUUUCUGGGGAAACACCGACUGGUUGGAAGCCAGGGUACGGAGCAUACUCAAAGACCAAGAAUGGAGGGAUGCAUUGAUCAGUAAUGUGGACAAGACGAGUAUCCGCAAUCAACGCGAGGCCUCUGGGUGA